AUGGAAGUAAAGGAUUCUACUAACACCUUGAACUACACUCCUCCCAUGACGAAUAUUUACGUGGUGGAUCCUCCCGUGGAUAAUAAUACGGGACGUCGAUCCGGCAGGGAAGCGUUUUUUGCGUUUAUUGCCUUUAUGCUUAUCGUGGCUGGAAUUAUAAUGUUGGCAUUAGCAAACACAUCAAUGAGACGUUGUAUCAGGGACUGCGAACUCACAUUCGAAUUUACUGAUAUGACAUACGAAGAAGAGCUUAUGUGCGAAUCUUCGUGCGUUGAUUCGCACACGAAUCAAAAAGAUGGUGGUAUUGCGCUGUUGGUCAUUGGGGCCGUUUCUCUGUUAGCAGAUGCAGCUUUUGUAGUAUAUCGACACCGUGGAAGUAAUAUGAGACAAUGA